GACCUGUUUUGUUAUGAAAAGUCAAAGCUUCGUAACAAAACAGUGCAACACAUAGCAAAAAAGUGAAAACAUUCUCGGAAAUGUUAUAAUUUAUUUUCUACAUUUCGUUGGAGUUCAUGUGAAUUUAGGUGGAAAACAGUAUAUCGAAAUUCUGGGAGUGUCGGAUAGAGACCAAAAGUGACAAGAUUCCCAAGAUGAACGACGCCAAAGUCAGCGUAGGCUUUUCGUGCCAGCGCUGUCUACAACCGAUCAACAUCGAUGACUCCUUCACGGCCCUGGGGGAACACACCCUGGCCGAAUUGGCACUACCCAUCAACUCGCACAUCGAAGUAGAUAUUGAAUCGCAAUCGGCCAGUAUGGAUCACUUUGUUCCGCCGUUCCGUUUCGCGGAGUGCAGUGGGACCGAUACCAAUGGAUUCAUGCUGCUCUCCGAUGGUCCGGAUCGGGAUUUGCUCAGCCAGAAUCUGCGCGUUAAGGCGGAGCUGUUCGAUACGCUUUCGAACAAUUCGGAGAUCGACCAUCCACUGUGCGACGAGUGUACGGACACACUGCUGGAGCUGAUGGACAAGCAGCUGAAGAUGGCCGAGGAUGAGUGGAACGAUUACAACAACUACUUGAAGAAGCUGGAACUGACGGACGAUGUGCCAAAUGUGGAUCUGUUGGAAAAGGAGCUGAACGAUCUGAAGGGAGAGGAGGAACGACUGCUGCAGGAGCUGUCGGAGUUGAGCAGGGAGGAAGAUGCGAUCAAGUUGGCCGUGAAGGAACAGGAGGUGGAGAAGCAGAGGCUUAGUAAUGAGGAGGAGAAGUACUGGCGGGAGUAUACCAAGCACCGAAGGGACGUGAUUACGACGGAGGAUGAGUUUCGGUCGCUCGAGUGCCAGAUGUCGUAUGCGCAGGUACAGCUAGACAAACUAAAGAAAACCAACGUGUUCAACGUGACGUUCCACAUCUGGCAUUCCGGUCACUUUGGCACCAUCAACAACUUCCGGCUGGGAAGGUUACCCUCGGCUCCCGUCGACUGGUCCGAGAUCAACGCCGCAUGGGGACAAACGUGUCUGCUGCUGUCGGCGUUGGCGCGCAAAAUGAACCUCACCUUCAAGAACUAUCGACUGGUUCCGUACGGGAACCACUCGCACAUAGAGGUGCUGAGCGACGGGAAGGAACUACCGCUGUACGGCAGCGGAGGAUUCCGGUUCUUUUGGGAUACGAAGUUUGAUGCGGCUAUGGUCGCUUUCUUGGACUGCUUGCAGCAGUUCAAGGAGGAAGUGGUCAAGAAGGAUCCGGACUUUUGCCUACCGUACCGGAUGGAGAAGGGCAAGAUCGAGGAUUCGGCCACGGGGAACAGCUAUUCGAUCAAGAUCCAAUUCAACUCGGAAGAGCAGUGGACCAAAGCGCUCAAGUUUCUGUUGACAAAUCUGAAGUGGGGCCUCACCUGGGUAUCCUCGCAGUUUACAGAAGAGAAACAAGCCGUUUGAUUCGCUGCGAUUGACUGUAACAGAACGUGGGUAAUUCAUUCUGUUCCCGUAUGUGUGUUAGUAUAUUUAUUGGCUUUAAUUGAAAAACGGCAAAUCAUAGGCUUAAAAGACAAAUUCUGUUGUAGUGAGAAUUAAACUUUUACGAUGUUGAUGUACCUAUAUUUUUGAAAUUAGUGAUAAAUUAGUAACCGAAUGAAUA